AGCACGCCCACCUCACAGCUCACGUUACUAUCGCCGCCGUGCACACGCCACAGAGCUUGGCUUUUGGCCAUCUUCCCCACCUGCCCAGGGGCGGUCCCUUCACACCCGUAAACCCACCUCCGUUCCCUAUCCCAAUUCAUCCGUUCCAGGUUUCCAACGCUCAGUGGAAUGGAAGCCUCCACCCCGUGCUUGCGCUUUUAAUUUCCUUCCCCCACGCGCACUAAGCGCACCACCACCGCUUACCAUGAGUGGGAGUUGCACUAGCUAAUCGCUAGCCACUCCAUAGUUAGCAUUUAGCACUGCCUGCCUGUCCGGUGCCCGGCCAUGUCGUCGUCGUUGUCGCUGCGCCGUCUCUGCUUCGUGCUGCCGAUGGACGCCGACGAGGCCGUCCCACCGGCGUCCCACCCGGAGGGGCCGGCGCGGCGCAGCCCGGCUAGGGUGGCGUCCCUGGAACUCGAGACGGCCGGGUCGUACGCCCGCACCACGGCCGUCCGCCUGUUGUCGUGCCUCCGCCGCUGGCGGCCCCGGCCCUGCUGCCGCGGCGCCGGCCGGUGGCACGACGACUCUUCGGAAAAGGCGGCGGCGUUCGAGGACAUCGCCGGCGUGGUCGACGACGUCGCCGGCAGGAAGCAGCUCGCGGGCGGCGGGCCCAGGAUAUUCAGCUACUCGGAGCUCUACAUCGGGACGCGCGGGUUCAGCGACGCGGAGGUACUCGGCAGCGGGGGAUUCGGCCGGGUGUACCGCGCCGUUCUGCCCAGCGACGGCACCACGGUGGCCGUCAAGUGCGUCGCAGCCAGCAGCGCGGGCGCCCGCAGCGACAAGUCGUUCCUGGCCGAGCUCGCGGCCGUGGCCAGGCUGCGGCAUCGCAACCUGGUGCGCCUCCGCGGCUGGUGCGUGCGCGCCGGGGAGGAGCUCAUGCUAGUCUACGACUACAUGCCCAACCGCAGCCUCGACCGCCUGCUCUUCGCGCCGCCCAAGGCCGCGGCCCCGGCCUCGGCUCCGCGGCUCAGCUGGGACCGCCGCCGCCGCAUCGUCGCCGGGCUCGCCGCCGCGCUCUUCUACCUUCACGAGCAGCUGGACACGCAGAUCAUCCACCGCGACGUCAAGACCAGCAACGUCAUGCUCGACUCCGAGUACAACGCACGGCUCGGCGACUUCGGCCUCGCCCGCUGGCUCGAGCACGCGGUGGGCGCCGACGACGCCCUGAACCCGCUGCACCCGGAGGCGUCGCCACCGUCCCUGCGCCUGUCGUCGUCAUCUGCCUCGGCCGCGGUCUCGGCCAACUACCAAUUCCGGCUCAUGGACACCAGCCGCAUCGGCGGGACCAUCGGGUACCUGCCGCCUGAGAGCUUCCAUCGCCGGGCCGCCGGCGGCACCGCCAAGUCCGACGUCUUCAGCUUCGGCAUCGUGCUCCUGGAGGUGGCCACGGGGCGGCGCGCCGUCGACCUGGCGUACCCCGACGACCAGAUCUUCAUGCUCGACUGGGUGCGGCGGCUGUCGGACGAGGGCAAGCUGCUCAACGCCGCGGACGCGAAGCUGCCGGACGGCGCCUCUGCGCUGUUCGACGUCGCGCGGCUCAUGCACCUCGGUCUCCUCUGCUCGCUGCACGACCCCAGGGCGCGUCCGACCAUGAGGUGGGUGGUAGAGAACCUCUCCGACGGCUGCUCUGCUGGCGACCUCCCGCGUCUGCCGUCGUUCGUGGCGCUCCCCAAGUACAUCUCUCUCACCUCGUCGUCGGCCUCCGACUCCGGCGCCACGACCGUCACCACCGACAGGAGCACGGCGGCGACGUCUCUAACCAAUUCCAACCCCGUCUACGACACCGCGGCCGCGGACACCAUCUACCACACCGCGGAAGACGGGAGGACGACCGGUUCCAGGUCCGCGUCCGCUGACUCCGGCCGGCGGUCGUCGUCUCGGCUAGCGCCCGUGGCGAUCCCGCACGUGGACACGCCGCGCGAGAUACCCUACAAGGAGAUCGUCGCCAUCACCAACGACUUCUCCGAGUCGCAGGUGGUCGCGGAGCUGGACUUCGGGACAGGGUACGAGGGCUUCCUGGACACCGGCCACGGCCGCGUCCACGUCCUCGUGAAGCGCCUCGGCAUGAAGACGUGCCCGGCGCUGCGCGUCCGGUUCGCCAGGGAGCUAUGCAACGUGGCCAAGCUCCGGCACAGGAACCUCGUGCAGCUGCGCGGGUGGUGCACGGACCACGGCGAGAUGCUCGUCGUCUACGACUACUCCCCGGGGAGCCUCCUGAGCCACCACCUGCUCCGGCGGCGCGACUGCGGCGCGGUCCUCCCGUGGCGGCAGCGGUACAGCAUCGUCAGGGCGCUGGCGUCGGCCGUCCUGUACCUCCACGAGGAGUGGGACGAGCAGGUGAUCCACCGCAGCAUCACGUCGUCGGCGGUGUUCCUGGACCCCGACAUGAACCCGCGGCUCGGGAGCUUCGCGCUCGCCGAGUUCCUGUCGAGGAACGAGCGCCACGGCGGCGGGCACCACGUGGUGGUCACCGCCAGCUCGGCCCGGGGCAUCUUCGGCUACAUGUCGCCGGAGUACAUGGACACGGGCGAGGCGACCACCAUGGCCGACGUCUACAGCUUCGGCGUGGUGGUGCUGGAGGUGGUGACCGGCACAAUGGCCGUGGACGGGAGGCUGCCGGAGGUCCUCCUCGUUAGGAAGGUCCAGCUCCUUGAGCAGCAGGACCGGCCGGUGGAGGCCCUGGCGGACCGGCGGCUGGACGGCAAGUUUGACCGUAGGGAGCUCGUGCGGCUGGCUCGGCUCGGCAUGGCGUGCACCCGGUCAGACCCGGCGGCGCGGCCGAGCAUGAGGAAGAUCGCGAGCAUUCUGGACGGCAACGAAGACGUGCUGGACAAGCUGGAGCAGAGGAAGGAGAGCACGGAGGACUGGCAGAGGAGGAACGCGACCAAUCUUGCUCUAGUGAGGAGAUUCCAGGCUCUUGGCAUACACUGAAAAGUUUGAAACAGAGGAAAGUACUAGUGAUUCAGCUUUUGUUGUUCUUCUGUAUAUAGAGAAUUUUAAUUUCUUCUGUGAGUUUUUGUGGGGAUAUGGCCAAAACUUCCUGGUGUAAAUAAUACUUGCUUUAAUUUAGGUUUAAUGUUGAGCAGUUACAACUAACAACAA